AUGACUGAGACUGAGACUGAGACCGGGGCUAAGAGAUAUUGUGCUGGUUUGCAAUGUGGUAAGGAGACCAGCUCGGAGUUGAAAUGUCCAGUGUGUUUGAAAGCUGGCAUCGAUGCCUACUUCUGUGACGAGAGUUGUUUCAAGGACAACUACAAGUCCCAUAAAGCGACACACUUCAAGGAAGGUGAGGAUGGUACUCUAAGCCAGGAUGCUUACGAUCCGUUCCCAAAGUUUAAGUACACUGGUGGUGUGAGACCUCAGUACCCACUAACUCCAAAGAGACACGUUCCAGAGCAUAUUCCAAAACCUGACUGGGCUGAGAAUGGUCUCCCUAUCACUGAACAAAGAAACGACAGAAUGAACAAGAUCUUGAUCUACAAGAAGGAUGAGAUCAAGAAGAUCAGGAAGGCAUGUAUGAUGGGCAGAGAGAUUUUGGACAUCGCUGCCGCUGCCAUCAGACCAGGUAUCACCACUGAUGAACUAGACGCCAUAGUGCACGAGGAGACUAUCAAGAGAGAUGCCUACCCUUCUCCACUGAACUACUACAACUUCCCAAAGUCCCUAUGUACCUCUGUUAACGAAAUUAUUUGUCACGGUAUCCCAGAUAAGAGGCCCUUGAAGGAAGGUGAUAUUGUUAACUUGGAUGUCUCUUUGUUCUACCAAGGUUUCCAUGCAGACUUGAAUGAAACAUACUAUGUUGGUGAAAACAUCGAAAAGGAUGCCAUUAAUGUGGUUGAAACCGCUAGGGAGUGUCUGAAGACCGCUAUCAAGCAGUGUAAGCCAGGUACUACUUUCCAAGAAUUGGGUGAUUACAUUGAAAAGCAUGCCAAAGAAAACAAGUGUUCCGUCGUGCGUACAUACUGUGGUCACGGUGUAGGAGCUUAUUUCCAUUGUUCCCCAAACAUUCCUCAUUACGCUAAGAACAGAACUCCAGGUGUUAUGAAACCUGGUAUGGUCUUCACCAUCGAGCCUAUGAUUAACGAAGGUACAUGGAGAGAUAUCACUUGGCCAGAUGACUGGACUUCUUCCACACAAGACGGUAAAAGAAGUGCCCAAUUCGAGCACACUCUGUUGGUCACUGAGAAUGGCGUUGAAAUUCUAACAGCAAGAAACAAAAAGUCGCCUGGUGGACCAAGACAAAGAAUUAAAUAA